CUGACGUCAUCGUAACGCGGCCAUUUUCGACAGGGUUAAUCGAGUUUGGCUCUCGAUUUGGAGUUGAUUGGAUGCAAUUUCGCGUUUAUACAGACUAAUUGCCUAAGAAGACUAAAGUGUCAGGCAACAUUAAAGGAAGAUGAUGGAAGAGAGCGGAAUAGAGACCACGCCGCCCAGCACUCCUCCACCUCCCCUUAACGCCGCUGCCGCCAUCGGUCCUCCUCCUCUCACAAUAGGUCUUUCUAGUCCACUGAACCUCCCUAGCACAACAGGCAUCUCCACCUUCGCCCCUGAGGGCUUCUCCACACCAGCACCUCCUACUGGAAUGACCUCCACCCUGCCACCCAUUCAGUCCUCUCCUGCCCCUCCAUUCACCCUUAGUCCCAUGAAGCCACUGUCCACAGCAUCUCCAGUUCCUGCUCCUGCUCUGGGUGUGGGUGUGGCGUUCAGCAGUCCAUUUACUUCCCCAAAUGUUCCACCUCCUCCAGGCCCUGUGAUGUCUGCUCCACCGAUGGGGCCGCCAACCACCGGAUUCAGUGCUCAUGCGGCAUAUGACAUCACUCGCGGACAUGCCGGACGCACGCCACAGACUCCGCUGAUGCCCAGCUUCACCAGUGUGCCACCCAUGCCAGGUGUGGUUUCAAAUCCAAUGAUGCAGCAGCCAGUGAUGUCGGGUGGGUUAGAGGUUGCCUCGCCGAUUACUUUCCCAGAGGAUCAUGACGAUCCCAGAGUUGUACAAAACAACGCUGCUGGAGGUGGAAUAUGGGGCUUCAUUAAGGGUGUGGCUGGUAACCCCAUGGUGAAGACAGUCCUGGACAAAACCAAGCACUCUGUGGAGUCUAUGAUCACCACGUUAGAUCCUGGAAUGGCUCCAUACAUUAAAUCAGGAGGGGAUCUGGACAUUGUGGUGACCUCUGAUAAGGAGGUGAAGGUAGGAGCAGUGCGAGAUGCCUUCCAGGAGGUGUUUGGCAUGGCAUUGGUGACUGGAGAGGCAAGUCAAUCCAACAUUGCUCCUCAGCCACUGGGCUAUGCGGCAGGAGUCAAGGGGGCUCAGGAGCGAAUCGACAGUCUACGCCGAACUGCUGUAAUUCACGAGAAACAGCCUGUGGUCUCUGUGGAGAACUUCAUAGCAGAGCUUUUUCCAGACAAGUGGUUCGACAUUGGCUGUCUGAUCCUGGACGACCCUAGCAACGGCAUCCACAUCGAAACUUUCACACAGGCUACUCCUGUUGCUCUGGAACACGUACAGCAGGCUCAGUCUCUGACUCCUCCGGAUUACAGUCUGCGCUGGUCUGGUCUGCUCGUGACCAUAGGCGAGGUUUUAGAGAGGACCGUGCCCAACGUUAGCCGUACAGACUGGCACCAUGCCUUCACCGGAAUGUCCCGUAGACAGAUGAUCUACAGCGCUGCCAAAGCUCUGGCGGGCACAUACAAACUUCAGCUUCCCCGAAGGAUGGUAUAAGAUGAUCUAAACAAUCCGACUCUGCUCUCACACCACUGCCUGACGGAAAGCGGCGCUUUUGUGAGCGUCUCAGUAGGGAAAGAGUCAUCGACUAAUAUUUAAUUCGAGACAUAGAGUGCAGCGGAGUUGCCCAAGAAUUCUGAGCAGGGUUGGUCCAUCUUUUAUGCACAUAUAUUAAAACAAGUUUACCAACAUUACAGUGGUGUAAUAAGACUUCUAUAUGUGAUAGAAUUUAUUAGACCCUGACAAUCUCAUAUGUGGUUAGAGGUUAUCGAUGGGUUUAUAGAUACUUUGGAAAAGGAGCAUGGUGAGAUCAAACUGAAAUUAGGACCUUAAUAACAGACACGUUCAUGCGAAAUUCAAGUACAAAUACCAAAUACUGGUACCAGUUUCUUUCUUGAUACAUGAGCAAGUGUGCCAUGUAACAUGACAGAAAAAAACAAAACA